AUGAAGCUGUCAGUGCGAUGCGUCGCGGCUCUGUGCCUCUCUCUGUUGGGAUACCUGGGGGAAGUUUACGCAGGGACAGUUCUCAUGAACUCUAACGCCAUCAAGAACGUGCCCGGGGCUUUUGGGGCUAAAGGAGCGGGCACUGUGAGCCCCAGUCCGCGCACGUCCCCCUCGCAGAGCGCUGGACACAAGCCUCCCCAUGACAACAUCCAGCACCCGGGCGUGUGUCUGGAGGAUGAAGACUGCGGCGCAGAGGAGUUCUGUAAUGACGUCCGCGGCGCCUGCGUCCCCUGCCGCAAGAGCAGAAAGCGCUGCGCCCGGGACUCCAUGUGCUGCGCUGGAAACAGAUGCAGUAACGGUGUGUGUCAGGCCAACGACAUCGACACCACUGACCCCAAACUCAACAACACUCUGGAGCAUCACAGCAAAAAGCUGCCCACGUCUCACAGUCACCAGCCCAACGCCGUCAAAGGUCUGGAGGGCGACACAUGCCUGCGCUCCUCUGACUGCUCCGACGGUCUGUGCUGCGCCCGACACUUCUGGUCUCGUAUCUGUAAACCUGUGCUGAGCGAGGGCCAGGUCUGCACCCGCCACAGACGGAAAGGCACCCAUGGCCUGGAGCUCUUCCAGCGCUGUGAUUGUGGAGACGGCCUGGCCUGCAAGCCCGAGAGGGGAGAGAGGGGAGAGAGGGGGGAGAGGGAGCACCCAGUCAGCAGGACAGGAGCCCGGAACCUACACACCUGCCAGAGACGCUGA